AUGUCCGCCUCCGCCGUCUCGAACCCGCCACCCGCCUCCAACACGACAGAGGCCGCCUCCAACUCUACCCGGACCUCAAGCACACCCUCCCCUCACGCCGCCGACCUGACAAUCUCCCACGCGUCCGACGCGACGUUCACCCGCGGCCUCCGCUCCUUCUUCGAGUACCGUGACCUCGGUGUAUCUGCCGCGACACAGGGCGGGGCCGUUGCGCACGUGAUCCGCGCCGUUCCGGGAACACACGCAACUGGCGUGGCGCAUAGACACGAUGCGAGUUUCCAGUUCGUAUACGUGCUCAAGGGAUGGGUCGAGUUCGAGUAUGAGAGUCCCGUCGCUGGGGAGACUGUCCGAACCCGAUUGGAGGCGGGAAGUAGCGUUUAUCAGCCGCCGGGGAUUCGGCAUCGCGAAGUGGCACAUUCCGAGGACGUGGAGAUGCUCGAGGUUUGUACGCCCGGAGUGUUUGGGACGGAGGAGGUAGCGAGUGUCGCUUGA